AUGAUGAAUGAGUGGUACACAGAGUUCAUCCGAGUGAACCUAAAUGCUCAACCCCCUCCACCCCCACCUAUCCCUCAAUCUGUCCCUAUGGUACCCCAGGGUAUAGACCUUGAGAGACGAAAUAGACUUCUAGUGGAAAAGAUCCGGAAGCAUGGAGCCGAGGAGUUCCGUGCUAAUAAAGAUGAUGACCCUGAAAGGGCAGAGUUCUGGCUUGAGAAUACAAUCAGGGUAUUUGAUGAGCAAUCCUGCACUUCUGAAGAAUGUUUGAAGUGUGCCAUAUCUUUGUUGAGGGACUCGGCGUACUACCGUUGGAAGACGUUAGUCUCAUUAGUGCCUCACGAAAUGGUCACAUGGGAAUUCUUCCAAGAGGAAUUCCGAAAUAAAUACAUCAGCGAGAGAUUUAUGGACCAAAAGCAUAAAGAAUUUCUCAACUUGAAACAAGGUUGCAUGACGAUUGCUGAAUAUGAAAGAGAGUUCAUUCGACUCAGUAAGUACGCUCGGGAGUGUGUAUCCUCUGAGGCUAAAAUGCAUAGAAGAUUUGAAGACGGACUUAAUGAGGACAUUAGACUGUCAAUGGGUGUCCUUGAGUUGAAAGAGUUUGUAGUACUUGUUGAUCAGGCCUGUAAAGCUGAGGAAUUAAUCAAGGAAAAGAAGAAAACCGAAGUGGAAACUAGAGAUGCAAGGAAGAGACAUGCAAGCAAAUCAUUUCCAUCACAAUCUAAGAAAUCUAGAGACACCUACUCUCGCUCUCACACAUCAAUCGGAUGUUUAUACCGAGAUUGUAAGAAGCAAGAUUUAGAUUUUAAGUCUCGGGCUACAUCAAUGGCUAGCGUGGACAAUGUCAGAUCUUCUAAACCAGAAUGCCAACAUUGUGGUCGAAAUCAUUUUGGAAAAUGUAGGAUGAAGGAUGGAUCUUGUUUUUGGUGUAGUUCUCAAGACCACUUUAUCAAAGAUUGCCCUAAGAUGAUUGACAAAGAGAAGUUUCAAGGUACAAGACCAAGCGGCACAAAUUCUAAAGGAAGGCUUCAGAAGAAUGUUUGA